AUGGCGGCGACGGUGAGCGUGGAGCCCGCGGGCCCCUCCUGCUGGGACGAGCCGCUGCGCAUCGCCGUUCGCGGCCUGGCCCCCGAGCAGCCAGUCACGCUGCGCUCGGUCCUGCGCGACGAGAAGGGCGCGCUCUUCCGCGCCCACGCGCGCUACUGCGCCGAUGCCCGCGGCGAGCUGGACCUGGAACGCGCGCCCGCGCUGGGCGGCAGCUUCGCCGGGCUCGAGCCCAUGGGGCUGUUCUGGGCCAUGGAGCCCGAGAAGCGCUUUUGGCGGCUGAUCAAGCGGGACGUGCAGACGCCGUUCGUAGUGGAGCUGGAGGUGCUGGACGGCCACGACCCCGAGCCGGAGCGGGUGUUGACCCGCGCGGUGCUGGAGCGCCACUUCUUGCCGCCGGGGGUGCGGCGUGAGGCGGUGCGCGCGGGCCGGGUGCGGGCCACGCUCUUCCUGCCGCCAGGCCCCGGGCCCUUUCCUGGCAUUGUGGACAUUUUUGGCGUUGGAGGUGGCCUUCUGGAGUACCGGGCUAGCCUGCUGGCUGGGAAGGGCUUCGCUGUGCUGGCUCUGGCGUAUUACAACUACGAGGACCUCCCCAAGGGCCUGGAGACCCUCCACCUGGAGUACUUUGAAGAAGCUGUGAACUACCUGCUCAGUCACCCUGAGGUGAAAGGCCCAGGAAUUGGACUCCUGGGAAUUUCCAAAGGGGGUGAGCUCUGUCUCACCAUGGCCUCCUUCCUGAAGGGCAUCACGGCCGCCGUCAUAAUCAAUGGAUCCGUGGUCAUUAUUGGGGGAACUUCACACUACAAGGAUGUGACCCUGCCCCCCAUAGGUGCCAACAAGAGUCGAAUCAAGAUGACCAAAGAUGGCUUAGUGGACAUUGUGGAUGCCCUAGACAGCCCUUUGGAAGAGCCUGGCCUGAAGAGCUUGAUCCCUGUGGAAAAGGCUGAGUGCUCCCUCCUGUUCCUGGUGAGUGAGGAUGACCACAACUGGAAGAGCGAGUUCUAUGCCAAUGAGGCCUCCAAGCGCUUACAGGCCCACGGGAAGGAGAAGCCCCAGAUCAUCUGUUACCCUGGGGCAGGACACUAUCUGGAGCCCCCCUACUUCCCCUUGUGCCGGGCUUCCCACCACGUAUUGGUGGGUGGGCCUGUCUUCUGGGGAGGGGAGCCCAGGGCUCAUGCUGUGGCCCAGGUGGAUGCUUGGGAGCAACUGCAGGCUUUCUUUCACAAACACUUGGGUGGUAAGAGUUAGAGGUGCUACAUGGAGAUUUGAAACAAAUUAUAUAACCCAUCUUUUAUAGGUUUAGAAGAUGAAACUCUCCAGAAACUUCAGUUACAUUAGUUCACUUGACUGUAAUAUCAUAUGUCUUUCAGAUUUUUUUCAUCCUUUCUCUUUACAUUUUAGUGUUAAAAAUUGCUUCCAUAAAAAAGAAUGACAUGUUAGGAAUGACUAAACAGUUAUAAGUAAAUGUUUUUUCAGAUUUGAAGGUAAGGGAUAUACAGCAGUCACUCAAUAGGCUAAUCUUCCUAUAGCGCCAGCAUCCCAUGUGGGUGCCAGUUCUAGGCCCAGCUGCUCCACUUUCCAUCCAAUCCCCUGCUUAUGGCUUGGGAAAACAGUAGGGUAUGGCCCAACAUGUUGGCCCCUAUACCCAUGUUACCUGCUGGGAGCUCCUGGUUCCUAGCUUUGGAUUGGCUCAGCUCUGGCCACUGUGGCCAGUUGGGGCGUCAGCAGUUGGAACAUCUUUCUGUCUUACUCCUCUAAAUCUGCCUUUCAAAUAAAAAUACAUUUUUCUUUUUUAAUAAAGGUAGAGACAUUUAGGGACGAAUGUUUUCUUCUCAAUACUUGGAACACUGUUACUCCCAUCAUCUCCCUCCCUAAAAUUAACCUUUAUAAUGAUCCUGUUGUUAUGCUUAACAUAUAUGUAUGUAGCAAUAAAAAUACUACUGCUAUUUGUUGCAUAAAUAUUUUAACAAUAUUAAUUAGAUGAUGGGGGCAGAGAACUAUUGAAUCACACAUGAAGCUGCAGCAACACGUGAAACUUGGAAGGGUUUUAGUCCGGGGAGAACAGAGG